AUGAUCGACCCGCGCUUCUCGCGCCUUGCCGUCGCAUCCUCCACCCUCCUCAUCGCCACGCUCGCCUACGCGUCGCAGCUCCUCCUGCUCUCCCCACACCUCUCGCGCGCGCAGUGCAUCUUCUUCAACACGCUCGUCGCCUGCGUCUGGAUCAGCUACUACCGCUCCAUCACCACGCACCCUGGCUCGCCUCCAAAGGACUGGGCGCCGCCUGUACACGACGGUGAGGAUGCCGAGGAGGGACGGGGAAGGGCGGAGGAGAGACGGCUGGUGGUGGGGACGGGGAAGUGGUGUCGCAAGUGUAUGGGGUAUAGGCCUGUGAGGGCGCAUCAUUGUCGGACGUGUAAUGUGUGUGUGCUUAGGAUGGACCAUCAUUGCCCGUGGACGAACAACUGUGUCGGAUACCGGAACCUACCGCAUUUCUUGCGCUUUUUGGCUUAUAGUGCGUUUACAUCGCUGUAUCUACUGACGCAUCUCUUCUCGCGAUGCUUAGUCGUCUGGGAGGCGCGGAACACGCCCGCCUACUCAAGCCCACACACGCUCCCACAGCUCCUCCUCCUCACAGCCCUCACCCUCAUCACCAUCUUCACAACCUUUGCCCUCUCCAUCCUCUCCCUACGCACCUUCUGGUCCGUCACCAACGGCUACACCACCAUCGAGACCUGGGAGCAAGACCGCCACGACGCGCUCGUGGCACGCAAAAAGGUGCCCCGCCAGGAAUUCCCCUACGACAUCGGCUUCUGGGACAACCUUUGCAGCGCCUUCGGCGGCACAGGGAACAUCCUGUCGUGGGCCUGGCCACUCAGCCGCACGCGCUCCGUCGGCGAGACGAUCCGUGGGAGCGGCGAUGUGGUGAUGCAGGGAGGCUUGGAGUGGGAGGUGAAUGGGUAUGAGGACCUGAGUGUGGUGUGGCCGCCCGUGGACCCGGAUAAGCUUUCUGCGGCCGGGUUUGAGAAGGCGGUGGAGACGACGGUGGCGGAGGGGGAGGGCGACGAGUGGGUGGAGGGGGUGCGGCGGCGGCAGAGGGAGGACUUGGACCGGCGCAGGGCGCGUGGGGAGACGGGGGCGAGGCAGGAGGAGUUGAGGUAUCCGAGGAUUGCGGAGAAGGGGUGGGAGUGGCGGAAUGGAGAGGGGGAGUCGUUGGCGGAUUAUGGGGUUGAGGUGGAGGCGGAGGGGGAUGAUGAGGAUGUGCCGUUGGCGGUAUUGAUGAAGAGGAAGAUGAAGUAG